AUGACAAAGAACCCUAAACCAUAUAAAUUGAAGUGGUUAGAUGAACCAGGAGAGGUUAAUGUUAAUAGGAGGGUGUUGGUUAAUUUGUCAAUUGGGAGAUAUAACGAUAAAGUGGUUUAUGAUGUAGUGCCAAUGCAUGCGGGUCACAUAUUGUUAGGUAGGUCGUGGCAAUUUGAUCAGAAGGUGAAACAUGACGGGUUUAGGAAUAGGUUCAGCUUUGUCAAGGAUGGAAUACCUAUUACACUUGUGCCUUUGACACCUCAACAAGCGCGUGAAGAUCAAAUCAGGUUGAGGAGUAGUGAUGAGAGAAAAACAAAAGAGAGACAAAAGGAGAGCUUGAGAGAAAAUGGAGAGGGGCUAAGAGUGAAAAAAACGAUUAGAGACACAGAAAAAAAAGAAAGGGAGUCUGAUGGGGGAAGAGAAAAAUAUAAGGCAAGUAGCUAUGCGAUCAAAGGUGAGGUUGAGAGUGAGAGCGAGUUAGUAAGAGCUAACAAACCCCUCCCUAGUUUGUACAAUUCUUUGUGGCAGGAUUAUGAAACUUUAUUGCAUGAGGACUUUGAUAAAGGAGUAUCACUAUUUGAGUAUCUAGUUGAUCCAAUUGCAAUGGAGCAAUUGUAA